CUGUGGCUAAACUCACCUGUGAGAUCUGGUCCAGCAGCUGCAGUCCCUCUCAGCACCAGGGUGGAAACCAGCAGAAGAGAAGACUCAAGAACUGACCUCCAUAGGACACCAUGGCCUCCACCCACUCCGUGCGCAGCUACUCCCUUCGCCAGCCCUCCUUCUCCAGCACGUCUGUGAGGGACAGCGGACGCAGCUUCCGCUCCAAGCCUUCCGUCUCUCCUCUGUCCCGCUCCGUCUCGGUGGGGAACGGCCUCAACAUGCUGGGCUCCAGCCUCAACUUCAACGGCCUCGGUGUCAGCACCUGCGACAAGGAGACCAUGCAGUGCCUGAACGACCGGCUGGCCACCUACCUGGACAAGGUGCGCUCGCUGGAGAGGUCCAACGCCGAGCUGGAGGUGAAGAUCAAACAGAUCAUGAUGGAGAAGGUUCCAAAGGGUCACGACAUCGAGGGGAUGAUGGCCCAGGCGCAUGUCAUCGGGCAGCAGGUGAGAAAGAAGUCGCUGGAGAACGCUCGGAUCAUGCUGGAGAUUGAUAACGCCAAGCUGGCAGCCGAUGACUUCAGGGUCAAGUGGGAGGCGGAGGCCAGCCUGUGCCAGUCGGUGGAGAGGGACUGUCAGGCUCUGCGGAGAGCGAAGUCCGACCACGACCAGAUCAUCGCCACGCUGCGAGGGGACCUGGACAGCCUGAAGGAGGAGCUCUACUUCCUCAAGAAGAAUCACGACGAGGAGCUGAGCUCCCUCAAGGGGCGUCUGACCAACGAGCAGGUGAACGUGGAGGUGGACGCGGCCCAGAGUCCGGAUCUGGGGGCCACGCUGGCCGAGCUGAGGGUCCAGUAUGAGGGCAUCACCCGCAAGAACAAGGAGGAGGCUGACACCUGGUACCUCAAGAAGUUGGACGCAGUGCAGUCGGAGGUCAGAGAAAGCAACGAGGCUUUGCGUUCUGCCCAAACUGAGCUCAGCGAGAGGCGACGCUUCCUGCAGGCGCUGGAGGUCGAGCUCGGGAGCCUUCGCAAACAGGUCAGUGUGUUGGAGGGAAACCUGGGGGAAACUGGACACAAGUACUCGGUGGAGAUGGACCGUCUCCAGGCCACACUGACCCAUCUGGAGGACGAGCUGUCUCAGCUGCGUCUGGACAUGCAACGCAACAAGACCGACUACGAGCAGCUGCUGCGCAUCAAACAGAACCUGGAGAUGGAGAUCGCCACCUACAGGCGGCUGCUGGAAGGAGAGGAAAUGGUGAAGGAAAUAACUCCACCUCCUAAAAAAGACCCUGAGAUAAGGACCAGGAAGAUUGUAAAAGUCGUCACUCAGACCAUGAUUAAUGGGAAAGUGGUGGAUGAGUCCAGCGAGGUGGAGCAGAUUGAAGAACUUAAAAAAUGAACCACAGCUCGUGAGGAGACGGAGCCGUAAACGUGCUGAUGCCUUUCAGCUACAUCUAGUAUGAGGACUUGUGUCCUUUUUAUGUCUAACUAAAGAUUUAAAGGUCAAGAACGAGCAUCUUAUUUAAAGGAAUAGUUUGUCAUUUUAGGAAAUAUGCCUUUUAGUCUUCUUGCCAAGAGUUAGAUGAAAAGGUUAAUAUUAUGUUCACUGCGUUGAAACCACAGGAAGCAGGUCCUCAGCAUAAAACAGCAAUAAAACCUGCAAACAAGGGGAAACAGCUGAGACAUGUCCAGUGGUAAACCAAUCUGCCAACCAGCACCUUUAAAGGUUUUAUCUUAAUUCAGAAAAAUCCAUAUCCAUAUUUAGUGAUCUUGUCAGGGAAGUGAAUCUGAGUAUUUCCCAAAAAUGACAAAAAGCUAUUUCUUUUUACCUUUAGUACUAACAGGAGAAUGCUGGAAAGUUACAAUGAUAAUAGUCAAUAUUAUUAUUUGAAAAUUGUCAGUACUGUAAACAAAUGUUUCUAGAAAAUGUCAUUCUUGCAACAGUAUCAACUGUAUUUGUUUGACUGUAAGAAAAAUUAUGUGCGAAUUGUGACCUAGUUCUAUUGUAGAAAUAAGCAAAUCAAAGCCGAUGUACAGUGUCAAUAAACCAGUGUGUUUAAAAAUAA